AUGCCACCACCGUCUUUAGUAAACAGGCUGAAGGUACAGCUCAAGCUGUCCAUAUCAAGGCUGCGCAUGGUACAACAGAAGGACUCCGCGAAGGCUAAGCAGCAGCGACGAGAGAUGGCACAACUCAUAGAGGCCGGCAAAGUCCAAUCCGCCCGGAUACGCGUGGAGAACAUCAUCCGCUCCGACAUCACGACCGAGCUGCACGAGAUGCUCGAACUCUACUGCGAACUCCUGCUCGCGCGCUCACAACUCCUCGAACCCCCGUCCUCCCCCCACGGAUCCCCGGCUCCGCACGGCGCGGCCGUCGCGCUCGACCCCGCGCUCGAGGAAGCAGUCCGAAGCAUCAUAUACGCGGCGCCGCGGACGGAGGUCAAGGAACUGCACACCACGCGCGCGCUGCUGGCGGAGAAGUUCGGAAAGGACGUCGUGCUUGCUAGCAUGGAGGGGGAGGGCGUCGCCGAGAGGGUGCUGAAUAAGUUGAAGGUUAACACGCCGAAGCCGGAGCUCGUGGAUGCGUAUUUGAGCGAGAUUGCGAGGUUUUAUGGCGUGCCGUAUGGUGACGAUAAUGAGGAUGAGGAGGUGGUUGAUGAAGACGACGAUGAUGAGCCGAGUGGUGGCAUUGCGGAAGAGGCGGAGCCCAAGAAACAGCUUGAGCCUGCCCUGGAGGCCGAUAAGGCGAAGACGAAAGAGGACGAGGAGGAAGAGUUGGUCAAGGCCACGCCGCCGAAGCAGUUUGGGCCACAGAGUCCGCUGAGAGUCGUGCCUCCGAGUCCAAGCACAGAUAACGUGGCGCCGAAAUUGAAGCUGCCGGGGAACGUAGCGGCGAAGGCGAAGGCUGCAGAGGCAAAGAAAGCGGCACCGUCGAAGAAGGCUGAUGGCCCUGGUGGCAAGAUUCCGGACGUGGAUGAAUUAGCCAGGCGGUUUGCAGACUUGAAGCGGUGA